AGAGUGGACUUAUUUCGAAGCUUUCUACUUUAUCUUCAUCUCCAUGACCACCAUCGGCUUCGGAGACUACGUGCCAGAGGCUCCAGAAAGGAAGCAUCCAGCCUUUAUGAUGAUGACCACAGUUUACCUCAUCUUCGGGCUGGCACUUACUGCUAUGUGCAUCAACAUCAUACAGGAGAAACACACCGAUACCUUCAGACAGGCGAGUGAGAAACUGAAGGAAUCUCUGAGUCACAUCAUGGCAGCCGCUUCCUUAGGCGAGGACGUAGGAGUUCAGGAAGGGAAAGAGGUGGAGGUAGCGCCGGUCCACACCUCUACAGGGAAGGAUAGUCUGAAGAGAGAUUCGAUCUCUAUGAAGAAGGAGACUUAAAUUUGAAAAAAAAAA